AUGUCCAAAAGACUCAGGACACUGGAAAACUUCUUCAGUCCGCCUCCGGUGAAAAGGGCAAAAGCAGAAAACGCUGGAAGAAACAGUGGCCAAGGACAGCAUGACCCAACGCCACAAGAAUACUCCAAACACCUCACGUAUCCAUUCUCAGUGCCAGGAUUGCCUGCCAGCCUUAGAGAUGCACUCAAUUUCGCGCCAGCAGAAGAAGGACGCCCCAUCAAUGAUCAACCCGAUCUGGAUCUUGUCUACUACCAGCCAUACAUCCCGAAGGAAGUGCAACGAGAUCUGUUCCAGUUCUUACGAGACGAGCUUUUCUUCUACAGAGUGAAGUACACGAUCAAGCGUGGCCCAGUCGAUACUCAGAUCAAUACACCUCGAUACACCACUGUAUUUGGCAUUGAUGAGACGGCACGAUUCAACCAAAACGGCGUGCCUGUAGAUGCACUCACAUCCAAGGUUUUGCCCAGAACAGCGUACAAAUGCCAGCCUCGACCCAUCCCUGACUGCCUAGACGUGCUUCGACAGCUUACCGAGAACGCUACGGGAUGCAAAUUCAACUUUUCGCUUGUGAACUACUAUGCGUCCGGAGACGACAGCAUUAGCUAUCACAGCGACGAUGAACGAUUCCUCGGCGUUGAUCCAGCCAUCGCAUCUUUCUCUCUUGGAGCAAAGCGCGACUUCUUGAUGAAGCAUAAACCUACCCCUGCCAAAGAUGAUUCUGAAUCAACGCCGAUGAAACUGCCGCUUGCUUCUGGCGACAUGAUAUUAAUGCGUGGGAAGACGCAGAGCAACUGGCUACAUAGCAUCCCAAAGAGAAAAGGCGGAGAUGCUGACAAGGGCCGCAUCAAUAUUACAUUUCGCCGCGCUAUGGUCAAAGGCGGCACUGAGAAUUACUACCGCUACAAUGUCGGCGAUGGAGAAGCUUACAAAUGGGACAAUGUGAAUCGAGAAAUGAGUGUCUGGAAGCCCAGUUGA